AUGUCCGGAGGCGCCGCCGAGAAGCAGAGCGGCACUCCGAGCUCCCUGUUCCUCUCGCCGCCGGCGCCCGCCCCCAAAAAUGGCUCUAGCUCCGACUCUUCGGUCGGGGAGAAGCUGGGCGCGGCGGGGACCGACGCCGGCGCCGGCAGGACUGAGGAGUACCGGCGCCGCCGCCACACCAUGGACAAGGACAGCCGCGGGGCGGCCGCCGCCACCACCACCACCGAGCACCGCUUCUUCCGCCGCAGCGUCAUCUGCGACUCCAACGCGACGGCGCUGGAGCUGCCCGGCCUCCCGCUCGCUCUCCCCCAGCCCAGCGCCGCCGCGGCGCUGCCCCGGAGCUCUCCGCCGGAGCCCCAUCGGGAGGAGGCCGUGACCGCCACCGCCGCCGCCGCCGAGGUAGCCCAGCAGCCUCCCGCCGCCGUUGCUGCCCCGAGGGAACCCGCUGCCCCGGGCCCAGCAACCACCACCACUGCCCCCAGCACUGUCAGCAAAGACCGCCAAGUUUCCCAGCCCGACCAUGUGGGGAGCAAAGAGGAGCCUCCGGCAUCAGCGAGGAGCGGCAGCGGCGGCAGCAGCGCCAAGGAUUCGCAGGAGGAACGGAGCCAGCAGCAGGAUGACAUCGAAGAGCUGGAGACCAAGGCCGUGGGAAUGUCCAACGACGGCCGCUUUCUCAAGUUUGAUAUAGAAAUUGGCAGAGGCUCCUUUAAGACGGUCUACAAAGGACUGGACACUGAAACCACCGUGGAGGUCGCCUGGUGUGAACUGCAGGAUCGAAAGUUAACAAAGUCUGAGAGACAGAGAUUUAAAGAAGAGGCUGAAAUGUUAAAGGGUCUUCAGCAUCCCAAUAUUGUUCGAUUCUAUGAUUCCUGGGAAUCCACACUAAAAGGAAAGAAGUGCAUUGUUUUGGUGACAGAACUUAUGACAUCUGGAACACUUAAAACAUACCUAAAAAGGUUUAAAGUGAUGAAGAUCAAAGUCCUACGAAGCUGGUGCCGGCAGAUCCUUAAAGGACUUCAGUUUCUUCAUACUCGAACUCCACCUAUUAUUCACCGAGAUCUUAAGUGUGACAACAUCUUUAUCACUGGCCCUACGGGCUCCGUCAAGAUUGGAGACUUAGGUCUGGCAACCCUGAAGCGGGCUUCUUUUGCCAAGAGUGUGAUAGGUACCCCAGAAUUCAUGGCCCCUGAGAUGUAUGAAGAGAAAUAUGAUGAAUCCGUUGAUGUUUAUGCCUUUGGGAUGUGCAUGCUUGAGAUGGCCACAUCUGAAUACCCUUACUCAGAGUGCCAGAAUGCUGCGCAGAUAUACCGUCGUGUGACCAGUGGGGUGAAGCCAGCCAGUUUUGACAAAGUAGCAAUUCCUGAAGUGAAGGAAAUUAUUGAAGGAUGCAUUCGGCAAAACAAAGAUGAAAGAUAUUCUAUCAAAGACCUUUUGAACCAUGCCUUCUUCCAGGAGGAAACAGGGGUACGGGUAGAAUUAGCAGAAGAAGAUGAUGGAGAAAAAAUAGCCAUUAAGUUAUGGCUACGUAUUGAAGAUAUUAAGAAAUUAAAGGGGAAAUACAAAGACAAUGAAGCUAUUGAGUUUUCCUUUGAUUUGGACAGAGAUGUGCCAGAAGAUGUUGCUCAAGAAAUGGUAGAGUCGGGGUAUGUCUGUGAAGGUGAUCACAAGACCAUGGCGAAGGCCAUCAAAGAUAGAGUAUCAUUAAUUAAGAGAAAACGGGAGCAGCGGCAGUUGGUGCGAGAGGAACAAGAAAAAAGAAAACAAGAAGAGAGCAGUUUCAAACAGCAAGUAGAACAACAAUCAAGUGCUUCCCAGACAGGAAUCAAGCAGCUCCCCUCUGCUAGCACUGGCAUACCUACUGCCCCUACCACUUCAGCUUCAGUUUCUACGCAAGUAGAACCUGAAGAACCUGAGGCAGACCAACAUCAACAACUACAGUACCAACAACCUGGUAUAUCUGUGUUAUCUGACGGGACUGUUGACAGUGGUCAGGGAUCUUCUGUCUUCACAGAAUCUCGAGUGAGCAGCCAACAGACAGUUUCAUAUGGUUCCCAACAUGAGCAGGCACAUUCUACUGGCACAGUCCCAGGGCACACAGCUUCUGUUGUCCAAGCACAAUCUCAGCCCCAUGGGGUGUAUCCACCCUCAAGUAUGGCACAGGGGCAGAGCCAGGGGCAGCCAUCCUCAAGUAUUGUAACAGGGGUUUCAUCUUCCCAACCCAUACAACACUCUCAGCAGGCACAGGGAAUACAGCAGACAGCACCCCCUCAACAGACAGUGCAAUAUUCACUUCCACAGACAACGACCUCCAGUGAGGCCACUACUGCACAGCCCGUGAGUCAGCCUCAGGCUUCACAGGUCUUGCCUCAAGUAUCAGCUGGAAAACAGCUUCCAGUUUCCCAGCCAGUACCAACUAUCCAAGGCGAACCUCAGAUCUCAAUUGCAACACAACCCUCAGUUGUUCCAGUCCAUUCUGGUGCUCAUUUCCUCCCUAUGGGACAGCCACUCCCAGCUUCCUUACUCCCUCAGUACUCUGUCUCUCAAAUUCCUAUCUCUGCUCCUCAUGUGUCUGCGGCUCAGACAGGUUUCUCAACCCUUCCCAUCACAAUUGCAGCUGGCAUUAAUCAGCCUCUGCUCACUUUGGCUUCAUCGGCUACAACAGCUGUGAUCCCAGGGGGAUCAACUGUGGCUUCUAGUCAGCUUCCAACCCUUCUGCAGCCUAUGACUCAGCUGCCAAGUCAGGUUCACCCACAGCUUCUGCAGCCAGCAGUUCAGUCCAUGGGACUACCAGCUAACCUUGGACAAGCUGCUGAGGGUCCACUUCCCUCUGGAGAUGUUCUAUACCAGGGCUUCCCACCUCGAUUGCCACUACAAUAUCCAGGAGAUUCAAAUAUUGCUCCUCCUUCCAGCGUGGCUUCUGUUUGUAUCCCUUCUACAGUCUUAUCCCCUCCCAUGCCUACAGAAGCAUUAGCUACACCAGGUUACUUUCCUACAGUGGUGCAGCCUUACAUGGAAUCAAAUCUUAUAGUUCCGGUGGGCAGUACAGGAGGACAGGUUCAAGUGUCCCAACCAGCAGUGAGUUUAGCACAAGCCCCCACUACAUCCUCCCAGCAAGCAGCUCUGGAGAGUACUCAGGGAGUCUCUCAAGUUGUUCCUCCAGAGCCAGUUCCAAUAGCACAGCCACAACCUACCCAGCCUACCACUUUGGUCUCUUCUAUAGACAGUGCACAUUCAGAUGUUGCUUCAGGUAUGAGUGAUGGCAAUGAGAAUGUCCCAUCCUCCAGUGGAAGGCAUGAAGGGAGAACUGCAAAACGGCAUAAUCGAAAAUCUGUAAGAAGUCGAUCUCGUCAUGAAAAGACUUCUCGCCCAAAAUUGAGAAUUUUGAAUGUUUCAAAUAAAGGAGAUCGGGUAGUAGAAUGUCAGUUAGAGACUCAUAAUCGGAAAAUGGUUACAUUCAAAUUUGAUUUAGAUGGUGACAAUCCCGAGGAGAUAGCAACAAUUAUGGUGAACAAUGACUUCAUCCUAGCAGUAGAGAGAGAGUCUUUUGUGGAUCAAGUGCGGGAAAUUAUUGAAAAAGCUGAUGAAAUGCUCAGUGAGGAUGUCAGUGUGGAACCAGAGGGUGACCAGGGAUUGGAGAGUCUACAGGGAAAGGAUGACUAUGGCUUUUCAGGUUCUCAAAAAUUGGAAGGAGAGUUCAAACAACCACUUCCUGCAUCUUCCAUGACACAACAAAUAGGCAUUCCUGCCAGUUCUUUAACUCAAGUUGUUCAUUCUGCUGGAAGACGGUUUAUAGUGAGUCCUGUGCCAGAAAGUCGAUUACGAGAAUCAAAAGUUUUCACCAGUGAAAUAUCAGAUACGGUUGCUCCCUCUACGUCUCAUGGAAUGAACUUGUCUCACUCUGCUUCAUCCCUUAGUCUACAGCAGGCCUUUUCUGAACUUAAAAAUGCCCAGAUGACAGAAGGACCCAAUACAGCACCUCCCAACUUUAGUCAGACAGGACCAACAUUUCCAGUAGUAACUCCUUCCAUGGCUAGCAUUGCUGGAGUCCCCACCACAGCAGCAGCCACAUCUUCAGUAUCAGUCCCUGUAACUAGCUGCCCUCUUAAUGACAUUUCCACAUCAGUAAUUCAGCCUGAGAUUACAGUGCCCAUUGAAAAGCGGAUUACCACCUGCACGAGUGUAACUUCAAGUGAACUCUCUAUACCACCUGUGUCUGAAGAAUCACCAGUACUUUCCAGCGUGGUUUCAGGCAUCACGAUACCUGCAGUUGUCUCAACAUCAGCAACAUCCCAGUCAGUUCUGGCUCCCACAUCUGGGAGUGCUGUUUCUAGUAUAGGUACUUUCCCCUCUAGACCGGUUUCAACAACUUCAGCCUCUGCAGUGAGCAGUGCUGCUGUCCCAGGGGCUAAUCUACCACCUGCAUUAUCUCAGCCGUCAGCAGGCAGUACUACUACAGGGACAGCCACAUUAACCUCAGUUUCUACCACCACUCCAUUCCCAAGCGUAGUUUCACAGCCAUCUCUUCAGCUUAGCAACAGCACCUCUGCUCCUACUCUAGCUGAGACAGUGGUGGUUAGUGCACACUCACUUGAUAAAAUAUCUCAUAGCAGUACAGCUGGAUUGACUUUGUCCCACUCUGCACCAUCCUCCUCCUCUUCUGCAGGAGCAGCAGUAUCUAGUUCCGUUUCUCAACCUGGUGGGGUGCAUCCUUUGGUCAUUCCCUCAGUUAUAGCUUCUACUCCUGGUCUUCCCCAAGCAGCAGGACCUACUUCUACACCUUUAUUACCCCAAGUACCUACUAUUCCACCUUUGGUACAACCUGUUGCCAAUGUGCCUGCUGUACAGCAGACACUUAUUCAUAGUCAGCCUCAACCAGCUUUGCUUCCCAACCAGCCUCAUACACACUGUCCUGAAAUAGAUGCUGAUGCACAGCCCAAAGCUCCUGGGAUUGAUGACAUAAAGACUCUAGAGGAAAAGCUGCGAUCUCUCUUCAGUGAACACAGCUCAUCUGGAACUCAACAUGCCUCUGUCUCAUUGGAGACUUCACUAGUAGUAGAAACCAGUGCCACACCAGGCAUUCCAACCACUGCUGUUGCACCCAGCAAACUCAUGACUUCAACUACAAGUACUUGUUUACCACCAACCAGUUUGCCAUUAGGAACAACUGGAUUGCCUGUUAUACCAGUGGUAACACCUGGGCAAGUUUCUACUUCAGUCAGCUAUGUUUCAGCCCCAGUCAGCACUACACCAGGAGUGAAACCUGCAACUGUUCCGUCAAAGCUACCUUUAACUAAGGCUCCAGUUGUGUCAUUGGGUACUGAACUUCUAGCUGGUGUCCCAUCCAGUGAGCAGCCGCCACCUUUUCCAGGACCUUCACUAUCUCAGCAACCUCUGGAAGAUCUUGAUGCUCAGUUGAGAAGAGCACUUAGUCCAGAGACUAUUGCAGUAACAUCUACAGUUGGUCCUGUGUCUGUGGUGCCUCCAACAGCAGUUACAGAAGCAGGAGCACAGCCUCAGAAGGAUGUGCCACAAGUCACAGCAGCUAGUUCAGGAACUGGUGUCUUUAAAACGGGGCGAUUUCAGGUUUCAGUUGCAAUGGAUGAUGCCCAGAAAGAGGGUAAAAAUAAGUUUGAAGAUACAAAGUCUGUUCAUUUUGAAUCCAGCACUUCAGAAUCCUCAGUGCUAUCGAGUAGUAGUCCAGAGAGUACCCUGGUGAAGCCAGAACCUAAUGGGAGAACCAUCCCUGGUAUCUCUUCAGACACACCAGACGGUGCCCACAAAACUCCUGCCUCAGAAGCAAAGGCAGAAAUCGGGCAGCCUACCAAGGUUGGACGUUUUCAGGUGACAACUACAGCAAACCAAGUAGGUCGUUUCUCUGUAUCAAGAACUGAAGAUAAGGUCACAGAGGCAAAGAAAGAGGGACCAAUGGCAUCUCCUCCUUUUAUGAGUUUGGAGCAAGCUGUUCCUCCUGCUGCGAUACCAAAGAAAGGAAAGCCUGAAUUGUCAGAUCCUUCGCAUCUGAAUGGGCCAUCUUCUGACUUGGAGGCUGCCUUCCUAAGUAGGGAUGUGGAUGAUGGUUCAGGUAGUCCACACUCUCCCCCUCAACUGAGCUCGAGGAGCCUUCCUAUCCAAAACCUAAGUCAGAGCCUUAGUAACUCACUCAACUCCUCUUACAUGAGUAGUGACAAUGAGUCAGAUAUUGAAGAUGAAGACUUAAAGUUAGAGCUGCGACGACUACGAGAAAAACACCUUAAAGAGAUUCAAGAUCUGCAGAGUCGCCAGAAACAUGAAAUUGAAUCUUUGUAUACCAAACUGGGCAAGGUUCCCCCUGCUGUCAUUAUCCCCCCAGCUGCCCCUCUUUCAGGAAGAAGAAGGCGACCCACUAAAAGCAAAGGCAGCAAAUCUAGUCGCAUCAGUUCCUUGGGCAGUAAAAGCCCCCAGCUUUCAGGUAAUUUGUCUGGUCAGAGUGCAGCUUCAGGCUUGCACCCCCAGCAAACCCUCCAACCUCCUGGCAACAUCCCAGAGACUGGGCAAAGUCAGCUGUUACAACCUCUUAAGCCAUCUCCCUCUAGUGACAACCUCUAUUCAGCCUUCACCAGUGAUGGUGCCAUUUCAGUACCAAGCCUUUCUGCUCCAGGUCAAGGGACCAGCAGCACAAACACUGUUGGGGGAACAGUGAACAGCCAAGCUGCCCAAACACAGCCUCCUGCCAUAACCUCCAGCAGGAAGGGCACAUUCACAGAUGACCUGCACAAGUUGGUGGACAAUUGGGCCCGAGAUGCCAUGAAUCUUUCCGGCAGGAGAGGAAGCAAAGGACAUAUGAAUUACGAGGGCCCUGGAAUGGCAAGGAAGUUCUCAGCACCUGGUCAGCUGUGCAUCUCCAUGACCUCAAACCUGGGUGGCCCUGCCCCCAUCUCUGCAGCAUCAGCUACCUCUCUAGGUCACUUCACCAAGGCUAUGUGCCCCCCACAGCAGUACACUUUCCCAGCUCCUCCCUUUGGCACUCAGUGGAGUGGGACGGGUGGCCCUGCACCACAGCCACUCGGGCAGUUCCAGCCUGUGGGAACUGCCUCCUUACAGAAUUUCAACAUCAGCAAUUUGCAGAAAUCCAUCAGCAACCCCCCAGGUUCCAACCUGCGGACCACUUAG